CCACAAACAUGGCCACAUGGACCUCCUUAACAUCUCCUACCCUUUUCCUUGUUCUUCAUCUCCUUGCAUGGGCACCUUCACUACUAUGGGCUCGCCCUGCUACCUUCCUCCAGGACUUCCGUAUUACUUGGUCUGAUUCCCAUAUCAGGCAAAUCAAUGGAGGCAUGGCCAUCCAAUUGGUCCUUGACAAAACUUCAGGUUGUGGGUUUGUCUCCAAGAACCAAUACUUGUUUGGGCGUGUCAGCAUGAAGAUCAAACUCAUUCCUGGUGACUCUGCCGGCACUGUCACUGCCUUCUAUAUGAAUUCCAACACAAACACUGUUCGUGACGAAUUGGAUUUCGAGUUCUUGGGGAAUCGAAGUGGGCAACCAUACACAGUCCAAACCAAUGUGUAUGCUCAUGGGAAAGGUGAUAGAGAACAGAGGAUCAAUCUCUGGUUCGACCCAUCUGCAGAUUUCCAUACUUAUUCCAUUCUAUGGAAUCACCACCAUGUCGUGUUCUAUGUCGAUGAAAUACCCAUCAGGGUUUACAAGAAUAAUGAGGCAAGAGGGAUUCCCUACCCCAAAUUCCAACCCAUGGGGGUGUACUCUACUUUGUGGGAAGCAGAUAACUGGGCCACAAGGGGUGGACUUGAGAAGAUCGAUUGGAGCAAAGCACCUUUCUAUGCUUACUAUAAGGACUUCGACAUUGAGGGUUGCCCUGUCCCAGGCCCUGCAACCUGUGCCUCCAACCCCAUGAACUGGUGGGAGGGCCCUGCUUACCAGCAACUUGAUGCCAAUCAAGCUAGAAGAUACAGGUGGGUCCGCCUGAAUCACAUGAUCUACGACUAUUGUGCCGACAGAUCCCGCUAUCCCGCCGUCCCACCGGAAUGUGUUGCAGGCAUCUAAUCGAAUGAUCGAUCAGUGAUAACUCUUA